AUGGGCAAGAGCUACCAACUCAGCAGUAACACGCAUUUCUUACUGGAUGUAGAAACGCUAUCUGAUGGAAUAAAAUACGCGGAACUGGUGCUGGAAAAGUCUCUAGACCGGGAAGAACAAGCCGUUCACAAUCUAAUCCUCACCGCCAUUGACGUGGGAGAUCCAGUCAGAUCCGGCACUGCGCAAAUCCGCGUAAUUGUUCUGGAUUCUAAUGACAAUGCCCCAGUUUUUAGCCAGCCUGUCUACAGAGUGAGCAUUUGGGAAAAUGUGCCUGAAGGUUCCCAGGUUGUUAUAGUAGAAGCCACUGAUCUGGAUGAAGGAGUCAACAAAGAGGUGAAAUACUCUUUCCAAAAAAUCACAGACAAAGCUUCAAAAAAACUUCAACUGGAUUCGAACCCAGGAGAUGUAACUAUUGUGGGAAAUCUGGACUUUGAGGAAGCUGCAUUAUAUGAAAUUGAGGUGCAAGCUCAUGACGGGGGAGUCCUUUUUGACAGAUCCAAAAUUGUAAUCGUUGUUAGCGACGUGAAUGACAACGCUCCGGAAAUCGCUCUCAGGUCUCUCAUUAGCUCGAUCCCCGAGGACUCUCCCCCGGGGACUGUCAUCGCCCUUUUAAAUGUGCAAGAUCCAGACUCAGGAGAGAACGGGGAGGUCACGUGCUCCCUACCCAGCAACCUCCCCUUUCAGCUGAAGAAACCCUUCGAGAAUUAUAGUCUGGUGACAGACCGAGCCCUGGACAGGGAGCAGGUAGCAGCAUACAACAUCACAGUGACCGCCACGGACAAUGGGUCUCCUCCUCUUUCUACAGCCAUCACGAUCCCACUCCGGAUUUUAGACACGAACGACAACUGUCCUCUCUUCGAUAAAACCUCCUACACCGGCUACGUCCCGGAGAAUAACCCGAGAGGAGUCUCUGUUUUCUCCCUCAGAGCGAGUGACCCCGACUGGGGGGGAAACGCCAGAGUCAUUUACUCUGUUACCGAGGAUUAGAUCGAGGAAGCUCCGCUGUCCUCCUCCAUCUCCAUUAACUCCGAGACUGGGGCUCUCUACGCUCUGCGCUCCUUCGAUUACGAACAGUUCCGGGAGAUUCGGUUCCAAGUGCAGGCUCAGGAUGGGGGUUCCCCACCUCUCAGCAGUAAUGUCUCCGUCACUCUCUUUCUACUGGAUCGGAAUGACAACAGCCUGCACAUCUUACACCCCUCCUUUCCCACCGAUGGCUCCACGGGAGUGGAGUUGGCCCCUCGCUCCUCCGAGCCGGGUUACCUGGUCACUAAGGUGGUGGCGGUGGAUGCAGAUUCCGGGCAGAACGCCUGGCUCUCCUACCAGCUGCUGAAGGCUACAGAGCCGGGGCUCUUCUCUGUCGGACUCCACAGCGGCGAGAUCAGGACAGCUCGCUACUUCGUAGACAAAGAUGCGCUCAAGCAAAGUCUGGUGGUUUCAGUGAAGGACAACGGGCAGCCCCCUCUCUCUGCCACGGCCACUGUCACGGUGGUGGUGGCUGACAGCAUCCCCGAAAUCCUCUCCGAUUUAAGCAGCCUCUCAGCUCCUGUAGACCCCCAGUCCAGCCUCACCUUGUAUUUGGUGAUCGCCGUGGCUUCCGUUUCCUGCUUGUUCUUUACCUUUAUCAUAGAGUUACUGGCCCUGAGGCUCCGCAGGUGGAGAAACUCGCAGCUGUUUGACUCCUCGAGUGUGACUUUCAGUGGCGUUCCCGUGUCGCAGUUUGUGGGGAUCGAUGGAGUCAGAGCUUUUCUUCACUCCUACUCACAUGAGGGUUCUCUAAUCACGGACUCCAGAAAGAGCCAAUUCAACUUUCCCAAAUCAAACUAUGCAAAUACUGUGACCAGUGAUCAGACUUGUGAGAUAAAGGAUCCUAUUCUAGUUACUGAAGAAUUAAACAUUAGUAACGGGGAUCAGACCUCGCUUCAGGUGAGCUAA